AUGGGUUUGAGGACUGGGAUUGGGAUUGGGAUGAGGAUUGGGAAUAGGAUUGGGACUGGGGUGAGGAUUGAGACUGGGAUGAUGAUUGGGAUUAGGAUUGGCAAUGGGAUUAGGAUUGAGAAUGUGAUGAGGAUUGGGGUGAGGAUUGGGUUUGGGAUGAGGAUUGGGAAUAGGAUUGGGACUGGGGUGAGGAUUGAGACUGGGAUGAGGAUUGGGGUGAGGAUUGGGUUUGGGAUGAGGAUUGGGAAUAGGAUUGGGACUGGGGUGAGGAUUGAGAUUGGGAUGAUGGUUGGGAUUAGGAUUGGCAUUGGGAUUAGGAUUGGGAAUGCGAUGAGGAUUGGGGUGGGGAUUGGGAUUGGGUUUGGAAUGAGGAUUGAGAUUAGGGUUAUGAUUGGGAUUAGGAUUGGGAUUGGGAUGAGGAUUGGGACGAGGUUUUGA